AUGUUGGACAUUGGCAAACCUUCCAAGUUGCCAACGCCAAAAUGUUACUUCAGCACCACAACUCUUCCGUCUUAUAACGACAUUUCCGAACUGCCCACCAAGAAGACACCAUUCAAUCUUUUACACAGCUCACCAUACUACCACACUGUCACUUUACUUUCACCAUCAUCCUCUCCUCUCAACAUCACUACAACUUCCAAGCCAUCAAAAUAUGCACGAUUACAAAUGCCACUCCUCUCACUCCUCAAAGGCGACUUCUUCACCAAACACAUCAAGACAGGAAACGUACUCUUACUCUCCGCACCUCUAAAACUGGAAGCCACGUCUUCGGAAGCAAGGUUUACGUUGAUCAAUGGUGUGCUGAGCAUAACCUGCGAUCGCGCAAUCUACGAACGUGCUGGUCUUACUGGGACUGCUGUUGCUGAUCCUCAUGCUAGGAAACAUGGGACUUCCAAGUUUUGUAUUGAGGUCAAUUUGAGGUUGCCGUCUAUGCUUGCUGGUAAGAAGGGGUUUGAGCGUGUGCUGAGGGCUGCGGAGACGGUGUUUGUGGGUGAGAUUUCAUGGCUGUUCUAUGAUGUUGACGCUGGGGGAGUCACCGAGGAUGAUGCAGCGCUAGGCAAGGAGGUUGAGAUCAAGGAAGUCAAGGCAGAGACUGAAGACUUGGAAAAGGUGUUGGUACCUGGUUUUCCCUCGGAUAUCGCCAAGAGCCCGGACGGCGAAAACGAUCUGUUCGAAUUACUAGAAUGGAUCUCUCUCGCCGCUCUCAACUCUCCAAGGAUACAGCAAGGAGAUCUGGUCGACGAGAUCAUCAGUCGUUAUGAGGUUCCCACAAUCUCAUCGAUACCCACGGCGAAUACGACAGAUGGAUCAAACAAUGGCACAACGACACAGAACCUGACGAAGACAACAUUCACAGGAUUUCUACCAGCUUCCUUGAUUGCAUCUACUUUUGGAGAGGCUCUUCUGCAACUCAAAGACUCUUGGUUUGCGUUUUUGGUGCGAGGAUUUGAAGAUGGGAAAACUUUUGUUGUACUAAAGACGGAAGAUGGUCGGGCGUUGAGCUGGGAUAUUGAGGGAUGA